AUGAGCUUUGAAAAUUAAUCUUCUGAAAAUAACACCAACUAAGCUAAGAAAUAGUUGGAUCUCUAUAACAUCUAAAUUGAUGAAAUGGAAAUCAUGAGAACUAUAGGAAAGGGCAAGACUUGCACAGUCAAGACUGCCAAAAUGCCUAAUUCCGAUAAAGUAUUCGCUAUCAAGCAAUUCAAGUCAUAUGCUUCUGCUGUCUAAGACUUAAAUAAUGAAAUUACUUCUCUUCAAACUCUUUCCCAUGAAAAUAUCAUCGAAAUGGUCUCUUUCGAUAAGAAAAAUGUUGUAUUCGAAUACCUCUCCAACGGUGAAUUAUUCGAUGUUGUAGCCAAAAAGAAAUUUUCUGAAAGAGUAGCUAAGUUCUACUUUAGAUAAUUAAUAAACGCUGUCCAAUACAUCCAUGAAAAUGGCUUUGCUCACAGAGAUAUCAAGCUCGAAAAUAUUUUAAUCAGCGACGAAUUCAACUUGAAGCUUGCCGACUUCGGUUUUGCUUCCAAGAUGACCGAAGGCCAAAAGUUCGAAAGAAUUAUGGGAACCGAAGGUUAUAUGGCUCCCGAAUUACAAGCCAGACAAAGAUACUGUGGUAAAAAGGUUGAUAUCUUUGCCUGUGGUGUUGUCUUAUUCUCUAUCGUCAAUGGUAUGCCUCCCUUCUUCAAGGCUACCCAAAGUGAUCCUUAUUACAGAUUCUUCGUUGAUAACAAUUUUGAUGCCUACUGGGCCAACCUCGCUAAAAAGUACAACAACAACAUCUCUGAUGAAUUCAAGGAUUUGAUCAACAGAAUGUUAGCCUACAACGAAGAAGACAGAAUCAGUGCUUCAGAAAUCCUCAAUCACCCCUGGUUACAAGAAGAAUCUGCUUGCACUUAUGAAGAAGCUUCUAACUUCGUUAGAGAUAUCAUCUCUAGCAGCAACUGA